AUGGGGCCUGGAGCUGCAGCGGCCCCAACUCAAAACGCCGGAGUUCCCUGGUUUCGUCCUCCGCCAGGCCUCACCGGCACGGGCGAUGAUGCUGCAAGCACCACGAACUCCUUCGCGGAGUUGGGGCCGGUGAGCCCUUUCUCCUCUCCGGAGGCGGGGCCUCAUUUGCCACCACCGGCGCUGGCGGGCUUCGGCAUGGAAGCCGGGGCGGCACCAGCUCAAAACGCGGGACCUCUCUGGUUCGGGAGCUAUGGACAUCCGCAUGUUUGCAACCGGCCAUGUGUCUAUCUCAAGAAGGCACCUGGAGGAUGUCCGGCUGGGGCGGCAUGCGGUUACUGUCAUCUGCCCCACACGCAGAGCACUGCCAAACCGGACAAGGCCACCCGCCGUGCCAUGGAGAGAAUGACUGACCAGGAGCUCCUUGCAGCAUCCCUUCCGUGUCUUCGCAGACAAGCAGCGGCGAUUAGGAACCCUUUGGCCGACAACGUGGUUGAACUUCUCGAGGCUGAGAUGAUGGACCCUCCAGUCGGGAGAGUUGAUGGCAGGGUGAGACAGGUGAUGGCGCGAAUGUCCUUCUACCAGCUCGUGUCUUCAAGCAUGCAGGUAAUUCCCGACCAGGUGAAGCAAGCCCUGGUUGAUUUGAGGUUGCAGCUGCCUCCCCCGGAAGUCGCAAACUUGACGAGCCAGAGGUCCGUCUUUCUCUAA